GGAGAGUCUUCAUUUCGAAAUUCCAGAAGACGUUGAAUCUUCUUGUUCAUAUCUUUUCUGAUGGCAGCAAUGGCGCCAGCUCCGACUCAGGAGGAAGAAGUUCCUGUUCUUCCUAUGCCAUCGAGAAACCCGCUACCUCUUUCGUCGGCCCAGGAAGCACAAGUUCGAGAGCUUUACCAUGCGAGAGUACGGGGAUAUUGUGCUGCAGAAAUUAAAUUAUUCGCAGACUGUGCCCUAGGACGAACCUUCACAGCGCCAUUCAAGUGCAGAGAACAGAAUAAAGCUAUGAAUACAUGCAUGAUAGCACAUGCAACACAAUCCGAGCAAGAUGCAGCGAGAGAAGAAUGGUUUGGUCUGCGACUAAAACGGCAGAAGGAUCGUGAAGCCAAAGAGUCCAGAAGGAAAGAGCAGGAGAAGUUCCAUAAGGAAUGGUGGGGGUUGCCAAUCGAGGAUCGAGAUGGAGAGAAGGGAAGAGAAGUUAUGCGGAAAGCAGAAAGAGUAGGAGGGUUCCCGAAGAGAGAUGAGGACCAGAUGAGCAAGGAUCGACAUCGAUGACAGUGUUGGAUGAGGAUGAUUGCAUUGACAAAGGCGUUUGAGAUCAUUGUAUGGUGUUCCGGAAUCCUUUAGCACACUUGGAGUGUGCUUGUAAGUUUAGGAUGUACGAGCCUGCAAACCGCUCUGCUGGGUCUUCAUAAGAGUUGGCCGUGCUUUGUGUUUCCCAGUAGAUGGCUUAUCUCAAAUGAGGACCAUGAUAGUCCUUCAUGAGUAUAAACUCAGUCGAAUUUUCUCAGCCUAAAUUCCAGGAUCCUUGUACCUCAAUAACACUCUCAACUUCGUCCUUGAGCAUUAUUCUAUUCUUCUCCUUGUUCACGAUGACAAAGCUUAUUCCUAUACGGAUCGUGAUGGACUUUCCUUCCCAAUUUUCAAGCUCUGCCAGUAUACAAGCUACGAACCUCUC